GUUGUUGCCUCGUUCGGUCUGACUCGACCUGCAGUGAUCGCCUGCUCUGGCCGCCCGGGGGAGCGUCAAGUGCGUGUCGUGUUGGUCACACUGUUGGCUUCACUUUGCCUCGGACAGCAGAUGCCGAAAACCGGACGGAGCAGGCCACAACCUGUUGACGAGACUUGUCGGCGUGACAGUAGCUCUGGUUCAUCUUGCUCUGCAUCACCAUCGCUUGUCUUCUCUUCUUUCCGUUGCCCUCUUCCAUCCUCGUUCAUCUUCCAUCUUCCACGUCCAUCCAUCCAUCCAUCCAUUCAUCCUCACUCAGCCAUUCUCUCCACCCAUUGGCCAGUAAGUUGGCCGGCCCACCACCGCUCCCUCGCCUCGCCUCCACUCCUCAACUCACCCUCGUUCCCACAUGCAGCUGGCCAUUUCAGUACACAUCCGUCUCCCCAUCUCACGGCCUCCUCCAUAACUAUCACACGUUUAUCCCGAUUUUCUCCGCACACCCAUUCGGCCCUUAACGCCGCAGCAACCCCUGGCAUCGUGUAUGCAAACAGAUCCAGACAUUUGCCCGCUUGCGUGUGCUCAUGUGCACAGCGCACACGUGUGCCGCAUGCAGACACAGCCUCAUGCAUAAAGGACAUUUUUUCUCCGCUACCUGCUCGCUCCACUGCCGGCAAUAUCACUUUUGAUAGCACCGCAUGGUGCUCUCCCCAUUUUUAG